UAAUCUUUUUCUUUUUUUUAAAAAAUUAUCUUUUUCUAAAUGAUUGUUCCUAAGAAGUUUCAUCAAUAAGAAGUAGAGUUUUGAGUCCAUGUAUGAUGCUGCGUCUUCAAAAACUCUCGAAUCGCUUCUCUCUCCUCUCACUCUGUCCUCUCUCUUCUCCUUCAUCUCGUCCAGUCUUCGUCUCUCUCAAACUCGGCCGAUUCGACUCGGUCCGUACCCGCGGCCACCUGAGAACUCGCUCCAGGACCUCCGUCCGUACGAUCAUGACUGUUUCUGGUGGUGCUGAUACUACUACCCCUAGGCUUCGAGCUCUUGUACCUAUGAACGCUGGUGGUGGAGAAGAUGUUGGUGGAAGUUACGCUAUUGGCUCCGUCUCAGCUUCUGCUGUUGAAGAUGAUGAGUCAGCAAUUGGAGUUGGAUAUCGUCUCCCUGUUCCAGAGAUUAGAGAUAUCGUUGAUGCUCCACCACUUCCUGCACUUUCCUUUUCACCUCAGAGGGAUAAACUACUGUUUCUCAAACGGAGAUCUUUACCUCCAUUAGCUGAACUGGCCAGACCAGAAGAGAAGCUUGCUGGUAUCCGCAUUGAUGGGAAAUGCAAUACUAGGAGCAGGAUGUCAUUCUACACUGGCAUUGGGGUCCAUCAACUAAUGCCUGAUGGUACACUGGGGGCAGAGAAAGAGAUUCAAGGCAUCCCUAAUGGUGGGAAGAUAAAUUUUGUCACGUGGUCAAAUGAUGGUAGGCAUUUAGCCUUUAGUGUCCGAGUUGCGGAGGAAGGUAGUGCUAGUAGUAAGCUUAGCGUGUGGGUUGCUGACGUGGAAAAAGGGGAAGCUAGACCACUUUUUCAAUCACAAACCAUCCAUCUAAAUGCAGUUUUUGACAACUUUAUUUGGGUAGAUAAUUCCACUUUGUUAGUUUGCACAAUUCCUUCAUCUCGUGGAGACCCUCCAAAGAAACCUUUGGUUCCCUCUAGUCCAAAGAUUCAAUCCAAUGAGCAGAAAAGUGUUAUUCAAGUAAGGACCUUCCAAGAUUUGCUCAAGGAUGAAUACGAUGAAGAGUUAUUUGACUACUAUGCCACUUCACAGCUUGUAUUGGCUACUUUGGAUGGGUCAGUGAAGGAGAUUGGGCCACCAGCUGUAUACACAUCUGUGGACCCUUCUCCAGAUGGGAAAUACCUUUUGAUUACUUCCAUUCAUAGGCCAUAUUCUUUUAUUGUACCAUGUGGAAGAUUUCCCAAGAAGGUAGAUAUAUGGACAGCUGAUGGGAAAUUUGUUAGAGAUUUAUGUGAUUUGCCCCUAGCUGAGGACAUUCCCAUUGCAUUCAAUAGUGUGCGGAAAGGAAUGCGCUCUAUCAAUUGGAGAGCGGAUAAGCCUUCUACGCUCUAUUGGGCAGAAACACAAGAUGGAGGUGAUGCCAAAGUGGAAGUUUCUCCACGUGAUAUAAUCUAUACACAGCCUGCUGAGCCACGUGAAGGUGAACGGCCAGAAAUUUUGCACAAACUCGAUCUUCGUUAUGGAGGGAUUUCUUGGUGUGACGAUUCCCUAGCUUUGGUUUAUGAGUCUUGGUAUAAAACACGGCGUACAAGGACAUGGGUGAUAUCUCCUGGAUCCGAGGAUGUAAGUCCACGCAUACUGUUUGACAGAUCAUCAGAAGAUGUGUAUUCUGAUCCUGGCUCCCCCAUGUUGAGGAGAACUGCUACUGGGACCUAUGUGAUAGCAAAGAUAAAGAAGGAAAAUGAUGAGAGAACUUAUGUUUUACUGAAUGGAAGUGGUGCUACACCAGAAGGGAACAUCCCUUUCCUUGAUUUGUUUGACAUAAAUACAGGCAACAAAGAACGAAUAUGGGAGAGCGACAAGGAAAAAUAUUAUGAGACUGUUGUUGCUUUAAUGUCUGAUCAGAAAGAAGGGGAUUUAGGUAUUAACGAGCUGAAAAUACUCACCUCCAAGGAAUCAAAAACUGAAAAUACCCAAUACUACAUCCAGCAGUGGCCUGACAAAAAAGUAUAUCAAAUCACAAAUUUCCCUCACCCCUACCCUCAAUUAGCAUCAUUGCAGAAGGAGAUGAUUAGGUACCAAAGAAAGGAUGGUGUGCAACUUACUGCAACAUUAUACUUGUCACCCGGCUAUGAUCCAUCAAAAGAUGGCCCUCUUCCUUGUUUAGUCUGGUCUUACCCCGGAGAAUUCAAAAGCAAAGAUGCUGCUGGUCAAGUUCGUGGUUCUCCAAAUGAAUUUCCAGGCAUAGGUCCGACAUCAGCUCUUCUUUGGCUGGCUAGAAGAUUUGCUAUAUUGUCAGGACCAACAAUUCCCAUUAUUGGUGAAGGUGAUGAGGAGGCAAAUGACAGGUAUGUAGAACAGUUGGUUGCAAGUGCAGAGGCAGCUGUUGAAGAAGUCAUUCGACGUGGGGUGGCUCAUCCAAAGAAAAUUGCUGUUGGGGGACACUCCUAUGGAGCAUUCAUGACUGCAAACCUCCUGGCACAUGCCCCUCAUCUUUUCUGUUGCGGAAUUGCUCGCUCGGGAGCUUACAACAGAACGCUUACACCCUUUGGUUUUCAGAAUGAAGACAGGACUCUCUGGGAGGCAACUAAUACAUAUGUAGAGAUGAGCCCUUUCAUGUCAGCAAAUAAAAUUAAGAAGCCAAUCUUGCUUAUUCAUGGGGAAGAAGAUAAUAACCCAGGAACACUAACCAUGCAGUCAGAUCGCUUCUUCAAUGCACUAAAGGGUCAUGGUGCUCUUUGUCGUCUUGUUGUACUUCCUUUCGAGAGCCAUGGUUAUGCUGCACGAGAAAGCAUUAUGCAUGUCCUCUGGGAAACUGACAGAUGGCUAGACAAAUAUUGUGUCUCAAACACUUCUAAUGUGGAUGCAGAGCUGGAUGCAUGCAAAGCUGAUGUAAACAAUAUAAUCACAGACUCUGAAAACAAAGCAGUAGCUGCCACUGGAGGUGGCAGCCAAGAACAGACAGACUUCGAACAUGAUGAUCUUCAUUCAAAGCCAAGGUCAUUACUAUGAUUAUUUCGUUGAUAUUUACUAGCCAGUUGGGAGGUCAUUCAAUUUGAUGUGUGGAUGCUAAAUUAUGCUUUCUGAAGAUCCAGAGGACUGCUCACGAAUUUGAUCAUGUACGGUAAGUCUGCUCCUCAAAUUGACAUCUAUACGCAAAAUAACACGCUACCUCAAACAGGUUUUUUCAUUGUUUGGGUUUGGCUCCUUGUGAUGAUCACAUCAAAUGAACAGUUGGACAAACAACGUGUUGAUGCAUUUUUGGACUUAGUUUGGUUGUAUAAUAAGAACUAUGCUCUGAACCUUGUCAAAAUUUGGCAUCUCAAAAUCGAUUUUAUGGGUUUGUUCAGUAGUUAUAACUUUAUCUCUAGUUCAAUAUCUUAUUACCAGUUGGUAGUCGUGCCGUAUAUGGGCCGUUCUGCCUCUCUCUGAAUCAACCUAUUUCCAUCUCUGAUAUGUUCGUUCCAGACCGCCUUUGCGCAAAACAACCUUAGCAGUAAUAAUGCAAUUACAUCGUGCAGAACAAUGGAUUUCGGGAACCGGACAGGUACAAUGUAACCGAAUCCACACACAGAAAAAUGUGAUGAGAAGAUCAGAGCAGAUUGACAUUCUGGUCUCGUUGGUUUAAA